GAGCUGCCACUCCUGCACAGCCCUACCCCCACUCUGGCCUGGGGGUGGAACUGGAGUCCCACCAGUGGCGAUGCAGCAGCCUGGCCUGAGCUCGCUGCUUGGGUGUGGGGCAGCGACCGCGCUGGCCUGGGCCCUCUGGCAUGUGCCCUGCUGCUCAGUGGCUUCUCCCAUGGGGUAGGACGUACAGAGCCAUCUGCUCCGUGGAGCAGCAGCAGGCCUACGCCGAGGCCUUCAGUGCGGAUUACGCUGAGUACCGGCGCCUCCACGCCCGGGUCGGGCACGUCAGCAGGACCUUCGUCCACCUGGGAGCCAAAAUCAAAGGGCUGCCCCCUGGGUCGCCAGAGCGCAAGGUGGUGGAGGAGCGAAUCUUGCAGGAAUACCAGCGGCUCAAGCAGACCUACCCCAGCUACAGGAAGGAGAAGGACCGCUGCGAGUAUCUUCACCAAAAGCUGUCCCACAUCAAGGGCCUCAUCCUGGACUUUGAGAAGACAGGGGCGGCCUAAGAGCCCCCAGGGCAGGGGCUCUGAGCCUGCAGCCUCCCCCAGCAGGAGCCAGGCCCCGGCUGUUCUGUCCUGGCAGGGUAGCCAGGCCCAGGCCAUCUCUACCUGCUCCCACAGAGCUCAGGGUUCUGCUCUAGGGCCAGCCUGGGCCCUUUGGGCUGCAGGGCAGGGCUCAAGGACGGGGCCAUGCUGGUGGAGCCCACCGGCCCGAGUCCCUCCUGUGCUGGCCUGGCGCACAGCAGCCAUGGCUGAGCUGCUGCCCUUUGCCUUACUGCCAGCUGGGCUUGGGCUGCUGUCCUGGCCCCAGGGGCUGAGCAGGGAUGCCCUGCGGGUGGGCACAGGCCUGGGCUGGGGCACCAGUGCCUAAAGCCUGCGCCUGAGGGAGGGGAGACAAGGCUGUAACUGCCCUUGGACCAGCCAGGGCCAGGGAAAUAAACAAGCAGCUCAGCACGGUGUCCUGUGGUGCGUGGCUUGGGGGGCCCAGAACCGCCGUUCCCACCUCCAGCAGCCCCCCUUACCGCCAGCUGGGAACUCCAGCCCCUGCAGGGCCAAUGGCCACCCUGUGCCCCAGCCCCACUAGGUCUCCCCUCUCGUGGCCUGGGGUUCGGCGCAGCAGCAGGGCAGGCCCAGGCUGGGCAGCACGAGCCCUUGGCACUCGGGUACCAGCCAGGACAGGGCUGCGCCCGGCACAGCUGGGUGGGUUGAAGGGUCCAUUUUAUUGUCUCAC